CGCGAGAUGGUCAUGAUUGAAUCCGAACGUGAUGCUUCGAUGGUGUGCGAAACUUUACAAUGAUGGAUGAUGUCGGACCGGGGUUGUCCGACGGCGGUCGCUCUCCCCGCGCCAAUUGGAGGAAAAUGGGGACAGCGAAAACGGCGAUUUAAGCACGGCACGAGGAGGAGCACGGGAAGUAGUUGAGCUACCACUCCAGUUUCUUCGGCACAAAACGAAAGCCCCGCCGCACUCCACCGUCUUCCUCCGCCCAUUACUCCCUCCGUCGCCGACCGUCGGGGGAAACGAUGCUAGCGAUUCGAUCGGCGUUCCGCGGCGGCGCGAGGCCCGUCUCCGCCUCUUCCUCCUCGUCUCUCCUCUUCACUCUCGGCUACUCCUCUUUCUUUCCUUCUCCUCCGUCGCCGUCGUCGUCGUCGGCGGCCGCGGUUCACGCCGACAGGACCAUCAUCGAGGGCCCCCGGAACGACUGGUCCCGCGACGAGAUCAAGUCCAUCUACGACUCCCCCGUCCUCGAUCUCCUCUUCCACGGGGCUCAAGUCCACAGGCAUGCCCAUAACUUCAGGGAAGUGCAGCAGUGCACUCUGCUGUCCAUCAAGACAGGUGGGUGCAGCGAGGAUUGUUCCUACUGUCCGCAGUCCUCCAGAUACAGCACCGGGUUGAAAGCCCAGAAGCUCAUGACCAAGGAUGAUGUCCUUCAGGCAGCUCAAAGGGCCAAGGAGGCUGGUAGCACCCGCUUUUGCAUGGGAGCUGCCUGGAGAGAUACCGUAGGCAGGAAAACUAAUUUCGGCCAGAUCCUUGAGUAUGUGAAGGAAAUAAGGGAGAUGGGGAUGGAGGUAUGCUGCACCUUGGGCAUGCUAGAAAAGCAGCAAGCCAUUGAACUCAAGAAUGCUGGCCUGACUGCGUAUAACCACAAUCUCGAUACCUCAAGAGAAUAUUAUCCAAAUAUAAUCACCACAAGAACUUAUGAUGAGCGGUUGAAAACCCUCGAGCAUGUCCGCGAUGCAGGGAUUAAUGUGUGCUCUGGAGGAAUAAUUGGGCUUGGAGAAGCAGAGGAGGACCGGGUUGGUUUGCUGCAUACUUUGGCAACCCUGCCAACACAUCCAGAGAGUGUCCCCAUUAAUGCGCUGAUUGCUGUGAAAGGCACACCUCUACAAGAUCAGAAGCCAGUUGAAAUAUGGGAGAUGAUAAGGAUGAUUGCCACUGCGAGGAUAGUCAUGCCAAAAGCAAUGGUACGGUUAUCUGCCGGCAGAGUCCGUUUCUCUGUGCCAGAGCAGGCGCUAUGCUUUCUGGCCGGUGCGAAUUCCAUUUUCACAGGCGAGAAGCUUCUAACAACUCCUAACAAUGAUUUUGAUGCGGAUCAACUCAUGUUCAAGAUGCUGGGACUAAUUCCAAAGGCUCCAAGUUUUGACGAUGAUGGCGCAAAGCAUGAUGCAGCAGAGCAUUGUGAGGAAGCCAUUUCAAGUUCUGGUUGAGGUUAUCUGGAUUGGUCAAAAGAGGAAAUAAAUCAUGAUGGACGCAGAUUGCACGCAGGCUCCAUGUUGCAGCCUGUUUACUUUGAGCCAGCACAAGCAAGGAUUGCCACCACCCGGGUAAUGCAAAAAUCAUCUUUCAUACUUUCAUGGAGGGUUUCUUUGCUUUAAUGAAACUUAAAACCCCUCAUAAGUCUUUUUUUUUUUUUUUGGUCGAUGAGCGCCCCUGGGGACUUGUCAAUACGCAUGAACAGAGCAGUUUCCUUGUGGACUGCUCACUAGUGUCCUGGAGGGGCAUUCCAUUAAGAAAAUGCAGAAAGCAAGGCGCCCGUGAGUUUUGGUUGUCGAGUGCUCUGUCCUCAUUACGAAUUGGUCGUGCAAAUGUAGAGUCCGUGCCAAGAUGGAGUAUCGGGUACUCAUCAGUCAUCUCCAACGUUUGAUCAUGAACAUGGUUGGCUAAUUCUGCGAAACUUAUGAAUUAGUAGCGUUUAGAAUUCAAAGCAAACAGACAAGACGUGGCGCGCAAUUUUCGUGUGCUAUAUAUAAUUGAGAAUUCCAAUUUUUGUGUUU